AUGGGUCCUCCUUUCCCAGAUGUCCGUGGACGCCCCGUCAGUGUGUCCUCCCCGUCAGAGCGGACGUUCUCCAUGGCCCUGCCUAAGAAGGCUGCGCUCAGCACACCUGGCACCCCCGUGCUUCAGGACUUCCCUCAGAAUGACGACGAAAAGGAGAGGAUGCAGCGGAGGCGCUCUAGGGUCAUUGACCUGCAGUUCAGCACUGACCCAACGCAUCUGGUAGCCUCCCCUUCCAGUAGGAGUGUUGAUGUUUCAACUUCAAUCCCUAAAUUCACCAACACGCAGAUUACGGAGCAUUACUCCACCUGUAUCAAGCUCUCCACUGAAAAUAAAAUCACCACCAAGAAUGCUUUCGGCUUGCACCUGAUUGAUUUUAUGUCCGAGAUCCUUAAACAGAAAGACACCGAGCCAACCAACUUUAAAGUGGCUGCUGGCACCUUGGAUGCCAGCACCAAGAUCUAUGCUGUGCGCGUAGAUGCUGUCCAUGCCGAUGUGUACAGAGUCCUGGGAGGGCUGGGCAAAGACACGCCAUCUCCCGAAGAAGGAGAGGACCAAGCUGCAGACAGAAGUGCUACUGAAACAGGAACAACCAAAAAGGCUCCAAAGCCAAAGAAAAAGCAUUCGUACAAAACCAUCGAACAAAACAUAAGCAACCUCAACGUGUCUGAAGCAGAUCGGAAAUGUGAGGUGGAUCCCAUGUUUCAGAAGACGGCGGCCUCGUUUGACGAGUGUAGCACAGCAGGGGUGUUCCUCUCCACCCUCCACUGCCAUGACUAUAGAAGUGAGCUGCUUUUCCCCUCGGAUGCCCACACCCUCUCCACAGGAGAACCUCUCGACUUCCCGGAUUUAGGUUGGGUGGAAAUGACGGAUUUAAAAGCACCCUUGCUGCAGUGUGUGGAAGAUCGCCAGAUCUGCCCAUCCCUGGCCGGCUUCCAGUUCACCAAGUGGGACAGUGAAAGCCAUAAUGAGUCCUUGUCAGCCCUGGUAGACAAGUUUAAGAAGAAUGAUCAGGUGUUUGACAUCAACGCUGAGGUUGAGGACAGUGACUGCGGGGACUUCCCUGACGGGCCCCUGGAGCACGACUUUGAUGCCAAUGAUGAGCUUAACUGCACUGCAGCUGGGGACCAGGAAGAGUUCAAGAGCUGGAAGGAGCCCUGCCAAGUCCAAAGCUGCCAGGAAGAAGUGAUUUCCAUUGGAGAUGGAGACAUUAGGACCAUGUGCCCCCUUCUGUCCAUGAAACCUGGAGAAUAUUCCUAUUUCAGUCCCCGGACCAUGAAAAUGUGGGCUGGCCCAGAUCACUGGCGCUUUAGGCCUCGACACAAACAAGAUGUCGUCUCUGUGUCCGAGAACAGAAAGAAAAGUACAAAGAAAGACUUUGAAAUUGACUUUGAAGAUGACAUUAAUUUUGAUGCAUAUUUUCGGAAUACAAAGGCCGCUACUGUUCUGGCCAAGUCCACUUUGAAGAACCAGAACUGCAAAGCUACCACUCUGCCUAUGGAUUUCCAUUAUGAGGUCGAUACUCUGGUCCAGCUUCAUCUGAAACCAGGCACCAGGUUACUGAAGAUGGCCCGGGGCCAGGAGCCAAAGAGUGAGCAUUAUGAAGAACUUGAAGAUUAUGAUUACAACAACCCAAAUGACAUCUCCAACUUCUGUCCUGGGUUACAGGCUGGUGACAGCGAUUACGAAGAGUCAGACGACUUGUUUGUGGGGCCAACGGGGUCUCCUACAGCACAAGAGAAUGGCGACACUCCUGAAGGCCCUCAACUGGACAUCACAACGUAUGGGGACGCCAACCUGCUGGCCGAGCCCCAGAAGGUAAAUAAAAUUGAAAUUCAUUAUGCCAAGACUGCCAAAAAGAUGGACAUGAAGAAACUGAAGCAGAGCAUGUGGAGUUUGCUGACCGAGUUUUCGAGAACAGAAGCCAGUGCCGAGGCCAACCACAGUGAACCUGCAAAGGAAAAGGUCCCAGAGGAGGUGGUUGGCGAGAAGAUGCUCAGCAGGCUCACCCAGAACCUGCAGAAGAGCCUGCCCCAACUCAUGGCCCAGAACCUCUCCAUUCCUCUGGCGUUUGCCUGUCUCCUGCAUUUAGCCAACGAGAAGAAUCUCAAGCUGGAAGGAAUGGAAGAUCUGUCUGAUGUCCUUGUGAGGCAAGGAGAGUGAGUUUCCAGGGAAGAAGGCGGCAGCGAGAGGCUCGUCAUCACUUUUCCAGUGAAGAAGGACAUCUUUACCAUGAGAGGAGGAGGAUGCCAGGGCUGGGAGCAGGGUCCUGGCCCCCACUGCGUGCCUGUCGGCCUGCUCUUCCCUCCACUGUGGUCUGGUGUUC